GACAACCUAGCUCUGUUCUCUCUCUCUUAUGGCACAGCUGCACAAAAACCUGACCAACAAACGCCUCAUUCAGCUUCUCAAAUCGGAGAAGAAUAUUAACGGAGCUCUCAACCUGUUCAACUCAGCCAGUAGCAACCCUAGUUACACACACUCUGCGGCGGUCUUCCACCACAUCCUCCGCCGCCUCUCUCUCUCCGCCGACCCCAGUCUCCUCCCUCACAUCACUCGCAUUGUUGACCUCAUUCGUGUACAGCAAUGCUCUUGCUCCGAAGACACUGCACUAUCCGUUUUGAAAAUUUAUUCGCGAAAUCUAAUGGCGGAGAGAGCUAUGGAAGUUUUCCAGAAAAUGAAGGAGGUUUUUGGGUGUGAACCCGGGGUGAGGUCUUAUAAUUGCUUGCUGAAUGCGUUCGUCGUUUCGAAUAAACUGGAUAAAGCCGAGCUUUUCUUUAAGCAUUUUCGCACAAUGGGUGUAUCUCCGAAUUUAGAAACUUUUAAUAUUUUGAUAAAAAUUGCAUGUAAAAAGAGUGAUUUCGACAAUGCGAGAAAGUUGAUUGAUAAUAUGUGGGAAAUGGAUUUGAUUCCGGAUGUAUAUAGCUAUGGAACUUUGAUUAAUGGAUUGUCAAAGAAUGGGGAUUUAACUGAGGCCCUGAAGGUGUUUGAUGAAAUGCUUGAGAGAGGCCUGAGGCCUGAUGUUACGUGUUAUAACAUUUUAAUUGAUGGGUUUUUUAAGAUAGGCGACUAUAAGGCGGCCGAUGUGAUAUGGGAGAGGCUGACAAAGGAUUCAUGUGCUUACCCAAGUGUUGUUACAUACAAUGUUAUGAUUAGUGGCUUGUGUAAAUGUGGAAGGUUUAACGAGGCCCGGGAAUUGUGGGAAAGGAUGACAAAGAAUGAGCAAAAAAUGGAUUUGUUCACAUACAGUGCUCUGAUUCAUGGGUUGUGUGAGUCGGGGGAUAUUGAUGGCGCAGAGAGGGUUUAUAAGGAGAUGGCUGAGAGCAAGAUUUCACCUGAUGCUGUUGUAUAUAAUGCAAUGUUGAAUGGUUUUUUUAGGGUUCGAAGGAUUAAAGAUUGUUUUGAGUUGUGGGAGUUGAUGGGAAGAGAGGGUUGUCGAAAUGUUGCAAGUUUUAACAUAAUGAUGAGAGGGCUGUUCAGUAAUGGUGAGGUAGAUGAAGUUAUUUCGAUCUGGGAGCUUAUGAAGGGAAGUGGUUUUCUAGCUGACUCAACAACUUAUGGAAUUUUAGUCCAUGGAUUUUGCGAGAAUGGAUACAAUAAUAAGAGUUUACAUGUGUUGCAAACUGCUGAGAGGAAUAGAGGUGUUCUAGAUGCUUUUGCUUACUCAGCAAUGAUUAAUGGGCUGUGUAAAGAAGCAAAAUUAGAUGAAGCAGUUUCUGUGCUGAAAGGUAUGAUUACGAGUGGCUGUAAGCCAAAUGCUCAUGUUUAUAAUGCUUUAAUCAACGGCUUCGUAGCUGCUUCUAAAUUUGAGGAUGCAAUUAGGUUUUUUCGUGAAAUGGAAAAUAGGAAUUGUUCCCCUACCAUUGUUACCUACAAUACUCUUAUUAAUGGGUUGUGCAAGGGUGAAAGGUUUGCUGAAGCAUAUAGCCUUGUGAAGGAAAUGCUAGAGAAAGGAUUGAAGCCAGGCGUUAUCACUUAUAGCUUGUUGAUAAAAGGUCUCUGUCGUAGCCAUAAAAUAGAGAUGGCUAUUAAUUUGUGGAACCAGGUAACAAGCAAUGGUUUUCAACCUGAUGUACAGAUGCAUAAUAUUUUGAUUCAUGGGCUCUGUUCUGUUGGCAAAACGCAGCUUGCUCUGUCACUGUAUUUGAAUAUGAAUUAUUGGAACUGCGCUCCAAAUCUUGUUACCCACAACACACUUAUGGAGGGGUUUUAUAAAGAUGGCGAUAUAAAAAAUGCUUCGGUAAUUUGGGCUCGCAUAUUAAGAAACGGGCUGCAGCCGGAUGUUAUUUCCUAUAACAUCACUCUCAAAGGUCUUUGUUCUUGCAACAGAAUAUCAGUUGCCAUUUUGUUCUUACACAAUGCCUUGACAAAUAAAAUUGUUCCGACCCUAAUUACAUGGAACAUACUUGUCAGAGCUGUUGUCCUUUCUGGGGCUCGGAAAUGAUUCUCUUGGUUGAGACAUUGGUUGUACUUUUACUUGGAACCCGACCCGGUCCGGUUCAUCAACUAUGCUGUUCUGAUAGGUCAGCUUGCUAGCUAUUCCUCGAUCGAUAAUCUUUUACUAAUAUAGUCUUGGAUUUGGAGAUUGGAUGAAACAGCCUGGCCAUCAUCUUUGGUGAUUGUACAGUGGCUGGUUGGAUGACGCUGGGAUUUUUUUUCUCUUUCUUACUGGCUUAUGUUUUGCUGAAACCAGUGAUGAAAGUGGAUGCCUGAUAGUAAGCGAGAAGAGCAGGUUGCAAAAAAAUCAAUAGAAAACCAUAUUAUUAAUUUCAAAGAGGUAGAGUACUGCUUUGUAUUAGCUUUAAACUAAUACGACGAGUGUCCAUUUCUCUUACAUAAUAAUCAAUAUAAAUAUAAUACUCAUCUUCUUUUGAACUUUUC